UCCUAUCAGUCUCUUGAUUGGGAUAUCACAAAAUGGAAGAAUCUAGAGACAAAAAUUGUGUAUGGUCAGUCAUCAGUGGUGACAGCACUGACAGGUCGUUGAACGCACAACUUCUUUGUUUGAAAGCAGAUAUUUGAGGGUGUUCUCUAGCAUCCUUCUGAUGGAAUGUAGGAAGCUAAGAAAUUUUAGCUUUGUUAGUGGCUAUUUCAAGAACCAAGUUCAAUUGAUUUUUUUGGCAAAUAUUAAAUUUAGCUACCUAGCAUGUAUAAGGUGGCUAUUGAAACUAGAGAGGAACUCGAGUUCAAUUGACGGGAAAUUAUUCCUGAAUGUGCUGAUUUCCUAGUGAGAAUUUCUAAUCGAGGAGAUAAUGGCACAUGCUUUAGCAAACCUUGUGGCUCCUUCGUUCACAUUAUGUGCAAUGAUUGUUCUGCUUCUUUUAAGCCGUGUCUGAAGUUAUUUGCAUAUUCUGCAUUUACCCAUGGGGGAGGACGAUAAGCAGGAUAGACAAAAGAUGGCAAAUCUUCAUCUAAGAUCAGAAAUGAUUAGUAUGGGACAUCCACCUAUGGCAAACCAGCCUCAUGUAAUCAAUCAGUCUCAAGUUAUGAACCAGCCUCAGUCUCAAGUUAUGAACCAGCCACAGGUGAUUAAUCAACCUCAAUUUCUGAACCAAAGCCUAAUGAACCAUUCUCAGAUAAUGUCUCAGUCACAGGCCAUCAACCAGGCAAAUCUUCUGGCUCAACCUCAGGCCAUGCAGCAAUCCCAGAUGAUCAUGAAUCAUUCUCUGCCACCUAUGAUGAGUGGCAACUAUAAGGUGUGGGCACAUCCACAAGCCCCUUUGGAUCCCAACAAGAAGUACCGCAACUUCCCAAAACCUAGCUAUGGAAAUAUGAAGCAAUCAAGAUCGGGUCGAGGCAAUUGGAAGGGAAAAGGCGUUGGUGACAAAAGGAUAAACAAUAGGAGAAUGGAAAAACCUUUAUUGGGUUCCAUAAGUGGUCCAAAUAAUGCUGCAGGUUAUCAACCUCCAAGUCUUCAUGAGCUGCAGUCUCAAAAUCGUUUAAGGGCUAGAAAGUUUUACUCUAAAAAGAAGUUUGGCAAUAGGUUUGCACCUUAUGCACCUCGGAAUACCACUUCUUUUUUAAUUCGUGCAAAGAAGUCUGGUGGGAUCGCUUCACUUGUGUCUCCUAGUCCUGUAACACCCGCUGUGCUUCCUACUCCAAUGUUUUCACCUUCAAGGGAGGCGUUGGGUGAUAUGGCCAAGGAGGAAUGGGGUGUUGAUGGUUAUGGAUCAAUGAAAGGGUUGAUAAGGCUACGGGGGUCUGAGAAUAAGGUGGAAGUGCAGGAUGAGGAAGAAGAGGAAGUUGGUGGUGGUUCGAGUGAUAGUGAUGUAGAGGAACACUUGGAGGUAGAGCGCAGAUUGGACCAUGACUUGAGCCGAUUUGAAAUGAUAUACCAGAACUAUGGAGUAGAGUAUAAUAACUGUUUGGAAAAUAGGGUCGAUGAUCAGGAUAGCCAUAUAGCUCAGUUGGAGGAGGAGAACUUGACACUGAAGGAGAGACUUUUUCUUAUGGAGAGAGAGCUUGUUGACUUGAGGAGGAAGUUGCAACUUCUCGAGGGGCAAAACCCAGCUAUUGAUGAUGUGAAUGAGGAAGUAGUGGAGAAUGUAUCUGAGAAUGAGAGUGAUGGAGGGUUGGAGAUGGAGUAUGUAUCCGAAAUUAGACGACACCAAGAUGUUGAUGUUGAUUCUAAAGAGGAAGAUGAAGAAGUCUUAGAGAUUGAGGGUGGGGAAAAAUGUGCGGGUGAAGAUUUCAAGAGAGGGAAAGUGGUUGAAGAGAAAUACAUAGUGAAUGAUGAAAUGGUGAAGGAAUCAAAUGAACAGAUUCCAGAACACUGUGUGACAAAAGAUGAAGAAUUUAAGGGUGAACUUAUUUCGAGGAAGGUAAAUGAAUGUGACAAUAUGAAUGAAAACUUGGGUAAUAUUCUGCACACGGAUUCAGGGGUUGGAAGUGUAGCCAUGGCCAAUGAUGAAGCAGAACAGAACAGAGUUGUACCUGUAAAAAUAGCUUUAGAUGUAAAGGAAGGAUGUGAAGAAACAAGGGAGGAUUCUGUAUCAGGAAACUGACUGUUUGUAAGGAUAUGGCUCCAUCGAGAGAAGUGCUUGCAUAAGCGAUUAAUUUUGUGUUAAUGUAACCCACUUCUCUGAUGAGGCAUUUUCUUGGAAUUUUAUCGUCACUGCUGCAGUAUUCCUGAUCAAUAUUUUCUUUAGAAUCUCUCUAGUUGGAAACGGCUGAUGUUUCUUGAUCAAUUCAGCUUCUUGUUUCACUUAACUCUCAAGGCUUUUGUGUUAGAUUCUAGGUUCUAUAUUUUAAAUUCUUUUUUCUUUUUUGUCUUUCUUGUGUAAUAUACUCCGUGGUUAAUAUGAUCGUACAGCCUGCAAAAGAUGCUUGUUUGGGUUUUAUCCCUCUUACGUCUAUCCCUUUAUCAAAGAAUCAGUGUGGUUUUGGGGCUA